AAUCCGUGGCGGGCACUUUCGCAGUGAGCUUCCCUGUACGGUUGGUGGACCUGCAGGGCGACAGUGCAGCACGCACAGUCCGCACCGCGCUCCCACGUGGGCUGAUCCCCGGGUCGCACGUCACGUGGCUCCCCGCGUGACCCCUGCAGGAAUGGCAGCCCCGUCCAUGAAGGAAAGGCAGGCGUGCUGGGGCGCGCGCGACCUGUACUGGCGCUGCCUCGACGACAACGCAGAGGACGCGGCCCGGUGCCAGAAGCUGAGGAGCUCGUUCGAGGCCAGCUGCCCCCAGCAGUGGAUAAAAUAUUUUGACAAAAGAAGAGACUACUUAAAAUUUAAGGAAAAAUUUGAAGCAGGAGAAUUCCAGUCUUCACCGUCGACUGAAAAUUCCUAGCCCUCUUUCUGGACUUUCACACAAGUGGUAAUUAUUCCUCUGGACUUUCAGAAAUGAUUCCCGGGCUUGAAUCACAGUGCACAUCAUGUUCUCUGUAAACAAGUUACUAAAAUGGUGGAAAAAAGCAUAAGAUCUCAUCAUUCAAACUAUGAAGGACUGCUUUAAUUUAGUGAGAGAUCCAUUUUAAGAAAAAGCAUAAAGUUAUUAUAUAAAAAGUUUAUUAUAAAAAAAUACAUUGUUCAUCUUCCUUUCCCCCUUUGGAAUAAAAGCUGAAUAGUAAGC